AUGCAGCAACAGCAGCAACAUUUCCCUUACGGUGGCGAACUACAACCUAUGGUAGCGCACUGGUUCUACAAGCGAGAAGACGGCGCGUGGGUGCCCUUUACUAGGAUCGAUUCCGGUCGUAUUGAAGAGCACUAUAUAAAUAAUACUCAAGGUGUAGUUACGACAGAUGGUGGAAGAUUCGAUGUCGAUGUUAAACAACGUAUAAGAUACCCUAUAUACUGGAAUGGUUCUAAUGUAGAAGUUAGGCGUGGUACUUGGUUUUAUAGAAGUGAUCAAAAUUCCUAUUUAAUUCCCUAUGAAGAAACUGUCUCUGAGAAACUUGAAGCGUUAUUUCAUAACUGCAUCAAUGAAAACCGAUGGCAGCAAUCACUACCAUUAGAUGGAGGAGAGAGUGUUGUAAUCCACAGUCCUACAGUUAUGAUCCAUAUGAGACCCAAUAAUGUAUGGAAUCAAGAGGAGUCGACUUUGAGGCCGCGUGCUGUGAAGAGGAGUGUUGCCGAUAUAUACUAUCAACUGCCUGAAGGUGAAAAGGAUCAGAUUGAUCAUUUAAUUUUGGUCAUUCAUGGUAUUGGUCAGUUUGCUGACUUUCAACUGCGUGAUAUAGUAGCUUGUGUUGAAGAUUUAAGAAAUAAUGGUAUCAAUCUGCAGCAAACACAUGCGAGCUUUGAAAACAAUCGUGCCGGGCGAGUUGAAUUUCUACCAAUUAUAUGGAGAUAUGCCUUACACGGAGACGAUAAUGGAGUCGAUAGCGCAAUGAAAGAUAUCACCUUGCCAAGCAUAACAAGGAUGAGAAAUUUUACGAAUGAAAAUUUGUUAGAUAUUCUGUUCUAUACCAGUCCUGUUUACUGCCAAGCAAUAGUAAAUUAUGUCACUCAAGAAAUGAAUAGAAUAUAUAAAUUGUUCAGGGAACGCAAUCCUAAUUUUGUUGGCCAGGUCUCUAUUUCCGGCCAUAGUCUCGGUAUUGAAAACGAACUAGUUUCUGCCGAUAGCGCAUCGGAAAAAUCCGAAGUAAGUAGUCUUGUUGGUGAAGAAACAAAUAAACUAUCUGACAAAGAGGAGGAGGAAAAAGAAAGUAUAUCUACAGUUUUAGCGCAGUUAAACCUAAGUGCUCAUACAGAAACAUUUGAAAACGAGCAAAUCGACCUGGAUGCAUUGGUUAUGUGUAGCGAAUCAGACUUGAAGGAUUUAGGAUUACCGCUAGGUCAUCGAAAAAAAUUAUCUAAUUACAUAAAAAAGACUUUAGAAGAGAGUAUCGAUUUGUCUAGGCAAGGAUUAGCCUCUCACAACGCGAACGUUGAAAGACUUACUUAUCAGAAAGGUGUAGCUGGUACAGGUCAACCUUACGUCAAUUAUCCGCGCCUUGAUUUUCGUCAAGCAAAUUUCUUCGCCUUAGGUUCUCCUAUAGGAUUGUUUCUUAUUGUCCGAGGCAUCGACAAUAUUGACGAAAAAUACAAACUACCAACUUGUUCAAGAUUCUACAAUGUCUUCCAUCCGUACGAUCCAGUGGCUUAUCGUAUCGAACCAAUUAUCGAAGAAACUGCAAGAGAUAUCCUUCCAGUUAUGAUGGAGCAUCAUAAGGGCCGGAAACGCUUUCAUUUAGAACUCAAAGACAAUUUAACCAAAAUGGGUAAAAACUUUAAACGAAAUAUAAUUAGUUCUGUGCAAAGUACAAUCACAGCAAUACAAGAUUUUGCUCGUGCUCAUACCGGUACUAAGAAGGAGGAAGGAUCUGAUCUAACCGAACAUGAAAGUGAAAUGCAGCAAUUGUCAGAACUAAUUGAUACUAAAGAUAAUGUUGAAAUUGGCCAAUUAAACGAAGGCAAUCGCAUUGAUUAUGUUUUGCAAGAAGCUCCGCUUGAAAGUUUAAAUGAAUAUCUUUUCGCAUUAUCAAGCCACUGCUGCUAUUGGUAG